GUUGGGCGGGACAAUGGAACUUCGAGCCGCUCUGCGGCUGCGCAGAAGCCUACUGCGCUCACAGCUGUACACAUUGACCCCAGAGAAACAGAUGCAGAGGUUUGGACAAAUCAACCCUUAUUCAGAAAUGGAGACAUUUCUAAAGACUGGCAGGUAGACGGUCUGACUUUCGUUCGCCUCCACUGCUGCCAGCCUGCAGAUACAUUUCUUCCUCACCCACACUGACAGCAAGGCAACCACAGCUGUCCACUGCUGUCACUCCUCCUCCUCCUCCUCCUCCUCCACACCUGCUUGUCUCCACACCUCGCUGCAAGUGCUCAGCAUGUAUCAGAUUGUCCCGGUGGCUCCUGGGGAGCAGCAGAUGGCUGGAGGAGCCAGUGGUUCUCCGCUUAAGAAGAAACUGGCCCACGAAGGCCGGCCCCUGGUGAUGGCGGGUAUGCUGGGCUGUGUGUUGGUCCUGGCUGCUGUGGUCGCCUGGUGCUACUACUCAGUGUCUCUCCGGAAAGCCCACCUGCUGAAGACUGAGUUGUUAGACCUCAACAAGGACGGUUUUAUCAUCCGGAACCAGGCAGGGGCUGUUAUCUUCACUAUGACCUUCAGGUCUGGCACUCUGGAUCUGGACUCCUGCUCAAAGGAAGGAAAUAUUCUGAGCUGUACCCAGUCGGAUUCUGGCAAGCUCAACUUCUUCAUCCAGACGGUUCGACCAAAGGACACGGUGAUGUGUUACCGCGUUCGCUGGGAGGAGCUGCAGCACAAGCACUCAGUAGAGCAUGCCAUGACCCACAAUGAGUCUCACUGGUAUGGAGGGGCGGAGAUGGCAACCCAGUACUGGCCUGUCAGGAUCCAAGGCGAAGAGGAACCGCGGCCCUUCAUCACCAGCGACGUCUACUCCAACAGAAACGCUUUUGGGGGAAUCCUGGAGCGGUACUGGCUGUCAUCGAAUGCAACUGCCAUCAAGAUUAAUGACUCGGUGCCUUUUCAUUUGGGCUGGUCGGAGAAGAACAGCACUCUGAGGUUCCAGGCCCGGUACCAGGACUCCGCUUUCAAACCGCAAGAAGGACAGCAGGCUUUACCUGAACUCAGCUACCGAGUCUGUGUGGGGUCGGAUGUUACCUCGAUUCACAAAUACAUGGUGCGUCGGUAUUUCCCGAAGCCCAUCAAAGUCCCGUCUCCUGAAGUGUUCAAGCAACCGGUGUGGUCCACGUGGGCUCUCCACAAGACAGCUGUGACUCAGGAGAAGCUGCUGCUCUACGCCUCCGACAUCACCAAGCACGGCUUCACCUGCUCCCACCUGGAGCUGGACGACCGCUACACCGCCGACUACGGAGAGUUCGACUUUGACCCGCAGAAGUUUCCCAACGCCAGCGGCAUGUUCGACAAACUCAGAGAGGACGGCUUUCAGGUGACGCUCUGGACGCAUCCUUUUAUCAACUAUGACUCCAUUAAUUUCGGGGUGGCCGUGGAGAAGGGGCUGUUUGUCCGGGAGCCGAGCGGUGAGCUGCCUGCUCUGGUUCGCUGGUGGAACGGCAUUGGAGGAAUCUUGGACUUCACCAACCCAGAAGCCCGCGAGUGGUAUUCGUCACAUUUGCGCAUGCUCAAAACCCGCUAUGACGUGACCUCCUUCAAGUUCGACGCCGGCGAGACAAGCUACCUCCCACGUCAGUUCAGCACCCUGACCCCGCUGUCUGACCCCUCCACCUUCACCCGCCGCUACACGGAGAUGGCCGUGCCGUUCAGUGAGCGCGCCGAGCUGAGGGUGGGCUACCAGAGCCAAAACAUCUCCUGCUUCUUCAGGAUCAUCGACAGGGACUCGGUGUGGGGUUACGAGCUCGGCCUCAAGUCCAUCAUCCCGACCGUCCUGACUAUCAGCAUCCUGGGCUACCAGUUUGUCCUACCUGACAUGAUAGGAGGAAACGCAUACCCCAACCGCACCACAGGUGGGUUGAAUAAUAAAAGCGGUCAGCCAGACAGAGAGCUGUACAUCAGAUGGUUGGAGCUGUCUGCGUUUCUGCCUGCCAUGCAGUUCUCUAUACCGCCGUGGGCCUAUGACGAUGAGGUGAUACAGAUAGCGCAGAAGUUCACAGAGCUCCACGAAACUCUGGUGGCCCCGAGGGUUCUGGAACUGGCGGGCGAGGUUCUUGAUACAGGAGACCCCAUCAUCAGGCCCCUCUGGUGGAUCGCCAACGACGACGAGGCGGCCUACAAGAUCGACUCCCAGUUCCUGAUCGGGGAUGACCUGAUGGUGGCGCCGGUGUUGGAGCCGGGAAAGCAAGAGAGGGACAUCUACCUGCCCGCAGGACGAUGGAAAAGCUACAAGGGGGAGCAUUUUGACAAAGGCCCCAUGUACCUCACUGACUACCCCGUGGACCUGGAUGAGAUCGCCUUCUUUACAUGGGUUCACUGAAGACAUCAAAGAAUUAAAGACGCACAAACUCACACACACACACACACAUACGUACACACAUACGUACACAUGCACAUUCUCUUGAGCACACCUGCCAAGAAAUAGCAGCGGAUGUUUGUUGUUUUUUUUUUUCAAAAGGGAAAUGACCACUAGGGAUUUGCUUCCAAAGCAGAGCGUGAGUUGGGUGAAGUUUCACCUCAUGUUUCUUUACCUGGCCUUCUGUCUGCAGAUUAUAACCCUCCACCCGAACAAUUAGAAUUCCCUUUUUUUUUUUUGCAUCUUAAGCUGAUCCUCAUCCUCAUGUGCCUUUCCACAGCCAAUAGUAAGACCGAUCUCAGAUUGUAUCGUCACCGCAGUCUUCCACCUAAUGAACAUCUAAUGCUACAAAUACUCCUCAGAGCGAGAAUGGUUUGGGGUUUGGGGGGCGGGGGUGUCAUAGUUCACUUAAUUUAUUACCAAGUGAAUUUUAUUUCAGGAUAAAUAAGAUAACCGUGCCAAGAGCUAGCUGUCUUGUGGGUUCUGGGGUUGGGCCUUAAACUGGCAAUAAACGCGCUCUCUGAGUCGAACAGACACACUUUUGUUUAGAGGGCCGGCCUAAACGUAUGCUACUGUCUCAACUACCUAAUAGAAUUAAGCUAGACUUCAUUAACAUUGCACUAACGACUACAUCUAAAUGUCUGUCUAAAUGUUUGCUCUUUAUAUUUAUUAACUUUUUUUUAACCUGGGGAUAGUAGUUGAUGUAUAUAAUUACAUGUGAAUCUGGGUUAUAUUAGGGGUACUUGAUCAACAGAUAUUUUUAUGUUAACAUUUCGUAACUCGUAGUGCCAUUCUGUAACUGCAGUUCCAAACUCGACAGCUUUAUGCAUUCGUUUCCAUCUGCACAAGUUAAAGUCACUGCUCAGGGUACAUCAAGAAACAUUUAAGGUAAAAUACUUUCUUUUUUUUUUUUUAAAUCCACAGCUAAUUAUUUAUUACACUACUACAAACUGGUUUGCCUUGUAGAACAGGCGUUGUUCUCAAAGAUGCCAUACUUUAGCGUGCCGUCCAUGUCUGCCUUGUGACUUUAUUAGCCUUAUUAGCUCAACUAACUAAUGCCAAGCUUUGCACAGACAACCCUUACGGUGAGGAAUGGCGUCUGCGCACAGUAACAGGCUUGAUUAAGUGUGGACAUUUUGCAAAGUGCAUGAGAAGUUUUAUCCUUAAAAGAGACACGCGAAUAUAUUCCUGCUCCAGCGCGGGAGUAAAGCACACAACUAGUCGAGUCAUCUAAAUGCCUUGCUUGUAACUGAUUAUGUAAGACAGUACUGUUACUUUAUAAUGGGACUGAUGCGUCUUUUAAAUGAUUCUGUUUUUUCGUUGGAUGACAAAAUCUCGCUGUAAACUGUUCUUGUGUUGCUUUGUGCCACUAAACGACUACACGGAGUGGCUUUGACUUACACAGCAACAUCCCUAAACGCAUCAUCGUUGGGAAUACCACCGUCUAUCUUUGUGGCAGGCAGGUAGAGAAACCAGAUGAAGUGAUGUUCACAAUACCGUGACAUGUACGAUGUGGACUGGUAAAGAGGAUUUUUGUCAAAACACUGAAUAAAAGAUACCGGCCAAUGUU